AUACGAAACUAACGUUUAGUAUACAUACUCCUUUGUAAAAUAUUUGCGGUAUUUUUACUCGAUAUUUCUGUCACGCUGAAUAAAAAUAUGGCUCCAACUGUUCAAUCGGCUCAGAGGGAUGAUCCUCGGAGGCGUACAGGAGAGAAAAGAUCGGAUCUUGUUUGUCGUAUCAAAUACAAUAAUAAAGCACCCGAUAUACCUUUUGAUCCAAAAUUCUUGGUAUAUCCGAUUGAUAGGAAUCACUUUGUCCAUUACAAACCAACUUCUUUGGAGAGGACGCACAAAAGCGAACUCUUGACAGAACCAGAUCUUGGAAUGAACAUAGAUUUGAUAAAUCCGGAUGCCUACAAUCCACCACUGACAGGAGGUAUCUUGGAUCCUGAGGAUGAACAGCUUUUGGAGGAAGAAUUAAUAACCGCUCAAGACGCAAAACGUUCCCAAAGACAUAAUAGAAAUGUAUCUUGGCUUAGGAAAACGGAAUAUAUUUCUACAGAAUAUAACAGGUUUGUUCAAAAGAGUGGGCAUGAAGCUAGAGUAGGACAUAAUGUCAAGCAAUAUCUGGCUGAAGAAAACUUAUACAAGGAUAAAGAGGAACAAAUUAAGGCAAUUGAAAAAACUUUCAAUGCUGCUCAGGCUCCAAUUACCGAACACUAUAGUAAGAAGGGUGUCCAUCCAGUUAGCAUUCUGCCGGUCUAUCCAGAUUUCGAUAUGUGGAAAUAUCCAUGCGCCCAAGUUAUAUUUGACACUGAUCCUGCUAUUAAACAAGCGGGAACCAGUAAUCAACUUGAAAGUGAUGAAAUGUCGAACGCUAUGAUUAGAGGUAUGGUAGAUGCUGAAACAGGAGAACAUUUUGUUGCCUACUUUUUACCUACGGAAGAAACUUGUCGAAAGAGAAAGAUAGACAAUGAAAAUGGUGUUGAUUAUGAUCCAGAAGAAGAAUAUGAUUAUGGACUGAUAAGGGAGUAUAAUUGGACUGUAAAGAAUAAGAUGACUAAAGGAUACGAAGAAACGUACUUUUUCGUUAUGAGAGAAGAUGGAGUAUAUUAUAACGAAUUAGAAACUAGAGUACGCUUGAGUAAGAGACGUAAGAUUGGACCAAGUGCACAACAGACGUGCAAGUCAAGAUUAAUUGUCAAACACCGUCCACCAAAUGACAACGAAAUCGAGGCUCAGGAUAAUCGUCUUCAAAUGCUUGAGCCGCCUGUUGAAGAAGAAGAAGAAGCAGAAGAACCAAACGAUGAAGAUGCAGAACCGGAGGAAGAAGAAGAAAGAGAAAUUGAAGGUGAUAACGAUGCCGAAAAUGACCGCAUUUCUCAAAGAUCUCCCAAUUCUCCACAAUCUGAAAGUUCGGAGAAAUCAGGUCCAAAAUCCCCUGCUUCUUCUUCCCAGUCAGGAAGUGGAAGCGAAAGUGGAAGCGAAAGCGAUAGUAGCAGUAGCGAGGACAAUGAUUAA